CGACGCUGCUGCUUUCUGGUGGGUCGUUGUUGCUGAUCGCACAACUACCAAUAUAACACAGACUUUACUCCGCAUACCAGGAGGAGAGUAAAACUCGAGUCUCCUUUUAAUUACCGGUCUCACGUUAAAUCAGGUCAUUCUGCCUCAUGCGACACCAUGGGGAAGAUCUACCAGGUCACAGUGAUCGGGUUGAACAGAGAAAACAUGACCAUCGACCUGUGUGACACUGAAGAACAGAUGAAUGCGAUGACCGUGCUGCAGCUCAAGGAGAAGAUAGGCGAGCGUCUUCCAGGGAACAGCAUGGACAACAUCCGCCUGAUCUUCGCAACCAAUGUGCUGGAUGACAAGAUGACCCUGGGGUGUUAUGGAGUUCAACACAAGUCUGUGAUCCACAUGGUGAUCAGAAAAACUGAUGGUGAUCAGACGACCUGAUGGUUUUCCAUUGAUUUUGAAUCGACAACAAUUUGCCUUCGAUUUGCAUUUGGAAAUGAAUAAAUAC